CAUUUUAUGUACACCACUCAUCAGGACUAAGAGCUAGAGAGAGAGAGAGAACUAAACAAGAAAGAGAAAAAGGGUUACCUUUCUCUCAAUCUCUUUGUCUUGAGUGUGUGUGUAAACUUGACAGGGAAGAUGACUGUAGGAAGCUUUGCUCAUCUUACUCUUGCAUUUGGCCUUCUUGGCAAUGUUGUAUCAUUCAUGGUGUUUUUAUCCCCAUUGCCGACGUUUUACAAGAUCUAUAAAAGGAAAUCGGCAGAGGGGUAUCAAUCGGUUCCAUAUGUCGUGGGGUUAUUUAGCGCAAUGCUGUGGAUAUAUUACGCAUUGCUCAAGUCCAAUGCUAUGCUACUCAUUACCAUCAACUCAGUUGGGUGCUUCAUUCAAACCUUCUACCUUUGCUUCUUCAUCUUUUACGCACCAAAGAAGGCUAGGAUCGAGAGCCUGAAGUUAAUCGGGUUGAUGAUAGUUGUUGGUUUCGGUUUGAUUGUCGGCCUUACUCAAUUUCUUGCUAGCGGAGCCAAUCGUGUUGCAAUAGUUGGAUGGAUUUGCCUUGUAUUCGCUCUGUGUGUUUUCGUUGCACCCAUGGGCGUUGUGAGACAAGUUAUAAAAACAAAAAGUGUGGAAUACAUGCCCAUUCUACUAUCCGUUGCUCUAACACUCAAUGCUGUUACAUGGUUCUUCUAUGGGUUGCUUCUUCGUGAUUAUAACAUUGCGAUUCCAAAUGUACUUGGAUUCACCUUUGGCAUUCUCCAAAUCAUCCUUUACUUUGUUUACAAAAACAAAAAGCCGGUUUGCGAUGAAAAAUUGUCCGGAAUAGAAAUAAAGACCAAAGCUGGAAUAGAAGUAAACACCAAAGCUGACGAACAAAAGAUCCCAGAAAACAAAGAUCAAGAAAUCGUUGAUAUCGUGAAGCUAAGUGCUGCCUUAAUGUGUUCGAUUAAUCCUGUUGUCGCGAAGUUAGAUGAGAACAACAACGUUGUCGAUGAUCGUUUGGUUGUUGAACCUCAUGUGACCACCAUAGAGGUAGCUGCAUGAGAGCUCAAUAUAAUUGGUAUUGGAAGAAUUCAAAUUGUGCAUGGUUCAUGAUUGGUCAUGUAGCUUUUAUUAGGUUUUCUCUAUCCAUCAUUUAGUUGAAAUUAAAUUAUCCAUGUUUAGGUAUUUAACCCAUGUCCUAUUGUUUCUGUGUCGUGAUUAUUCUGAAUAAAUGAAGUUUAUGUUUAAUAA